UAAAACCCCUAGAUUUAGCAAUAGCAAUAAUUAAGGUACGCGAGUCUGUCGUUGGUUCCUAAAUUCUUAUUUGUAUGUAUAAUUAGGAUUUGGGAGAGACAGAGAGAAAAAAAAAAAGAAAAAAAAAAAGUGAAGACCGAAAGGUGGUGCGGAGCAACGGCCUGCUUUAGUUUGAAAGAAUUGGUUGUUGAUAUUGAUUUUGUGAGUGUUUGAAUAUUGGAAAUUUGAAUGGAGCUCCAGAUACCAUUGACGACGACGAUGCUGCUGCUGUUGCUGUGUUUGGUGACGCCUUCCUUAACUUUCUGUCAUCCUUUGACAUGUAUUUGUUCGCCAAACUCUGAUUACUUCCUCCAUCUUCUUCACCAUCAAUGUCCUCGCCAGAUCCCAUCGUUCAACCCUCCUAUCCAGGUGGAUGGAGAAAACCUCGAACAAAUUCUGAGAUCUACACCAAAGGAUGUAUAUACUGCUGUUCUCUUUUAUGACUCAAGUUCUCCAUUUUCAAAUAGCAUGAGAUCUAAAUUUGAUAUUCUGAGUUCCAUGUUCCCAGGAGUUGGCCAUAUAUCAGUUGAAUUAUCAAUGGUCAUGCCGAGUUUGUUAUCAAGAUAUGGGAUCCACAGUUUACCUGCACUCUUCAUUGUGAACCAAGCUGAACCGAUUUGCUAUUAUGGUCCCAAAGAGCUUCAUUCCCUGGCACACUUUUACAAGAGAAUUACUGGAUUUGUCCCUGCAGAGUAUCACACCCAUAAUGCGGUCGCGAACAUAAUGAAUGGUGAAAUAGUACCUGAACCAUGGUAUUGGUCAUCAUGGAGAGAAAUCAUAGUGAAAGAACCCUAUCUGGUUUUUGCAAUUCUAUUCCUGGUGCUGCGGGGGUUCCUCUGUAUUUGUCCAGAAAUCUGGUCUUGUGUCACAGCAUUAUGGAUGCUGUGCAAGUGCCAAUUAAAUUUGGGAAUUUUGGGAGAGUCAAACCAAUUGUUGGCCCGUGUUGCUCAUGUAAUGGAUGUAAAGAGAGUAUGGAGUAAGCUGAAGCUAUGUAAGAUUAGAAAUUUUCAGGAAGGGGCCAGAAGUGCCCGUGUUUGGGCCUCUUCUUUAGCUUCUGUUUCCUUGGGCGAAUCAUCUUCUGCAAGGCCAUCGUCAUGUAUUGAGUCUUAAAUUGUUUGACAGACCUUUUUCCUCUGUUGAUGUUCUUAUGUGCUGAAGGACUCCAACAUAGAGGCAGAUAGUGUGCAUUUUUAUUUGUUGUUAAUUACUCUUCCAAUAUACUCUGAAGGUUGAAGCUAUACUUCUCGGGGGCUGAGAUAUCAUUGAAGUGAUCUUGUAAAGUGUAUCACAUUUCUCGGUUACUCUAGACUUUUUUUUUCCUUUCUUUUCUGUUCCUUUUUUAGAGAGGGGGGGGGGGGAUGGUGGUGGUGAUGUUUGUAAUUAGUGUUUUACUGUGCUAUUGAAGAUUUGAAGCAAUCACAUUACUUAGAGCUCCUUAGUUGUAACUUGUAAGCCAUUCAACUCUCUCUAUAGUUAUUAGUUGACAAAACUA